CUCAGUUCUGACAUGCGCGUUAGGUCUUGGCCGCCUGUAAACUGAAGGGAAUACCGAAACUCGGGGCCCGGGGACUGGUAACGCUGGCGUGGGACUCGGCUGCACUCCAGGCUGCUCCAUGAUGGUAAAUUUUGGACCGUUUCACCGCCUCUCCCUGCGCAGCUGAUACUCCGGACAGCGUAAGAGUAGAAAAUGGCUGACAGUUUGAAAAGUUUCCUUCAGGACCUGGCUCGUGGCGUUAAGGACUCCGUUUGGGGGAUUUGCACUAUAUCGAAGCUGGAUGCCCGGAUCCAGCAGAAGAGAGAGGAGCAGAGAAGGAGACGCGCCAGCAGCGCCCUCGCGCAAAGAAGAGCUCUGAGUGAGGAAAAGAAGCCGGAGAAUGAACCUCGUAUUGUGACCAGAAUCUUUCAUUGCUGCGCAUGGAACGGAGGCGUCUUCUGGCUGAGUCUCUUCCUGUUUUACCGAAUGAUCAUCCCUCUGCUCCAGACCUUUACCGCGUGGAUAAUUGGUGACCCAUCGUUACACGGAGAUGUCUGGUCCUGGCUGGAGUUCAUCCUGAUGUCGGUGUUCAGCGCCCUGUGGGUCCUUCCCCUAUUUGUGCUCAGCAAGGUGGUCAAUGCUAUCUGGUUCCAGGAUAUCGCUGAUUUGGCCUUUGAGUUUUCCGGCCGGAAGUCCCAGCCGUUUCCCAGCGUCAGUAAGAUCAUUGCUGAUAUGCUGUUUAACCUCCUGCUGCAGGCGCUCUUCCUGAUCCAGGGGAUGUUUGUCAGCCUCUUCCCCAUUGAUAUUAUUGGGCAGUUUGUCAGUCUGCUCCACAUGUCCCUCCUCUACUCGCUCUACUGCUUUGAGUAUCGAUGGUUCAACAAAGGAAUUGAAAUGCACCAACGGUUGUCGAACAUCGAAAGGAACUGGCCGUAUUACUUUGGGUUUGGAUUGCCCCUGGCUUCCCUGACCGCUUUGCAGUCCUCUUACAUCAUCAGCGGCUGUCUGUUCUCCAUUCUUUUCCCGCUGUUUAUUAUCAGCGCUAAUGAGGCCAAGACUCCCGGGAAAGCCUACCAUUUCCAACUUCGCCUUUUCUCCUUGGUGGUCUUCUUGAGCAACAAACUCUUCCACAAGACGGUGUUUCUUCAGUCCACCCUGAGUGGCUCGUCUGAGAAGCUGCCCAGCCCUCACCCCUCUCCCGCCAAGCAGAAGGUCGCCGUGGGCCACUGAGUGAGCGCUGUCCCCCC